AUGGACGGGCGUAGUCGAUUUUGGCUUCGCGUCGAACACUCCGCUCAUUUCAGCUUCCGCGCCGAGCAACCCAUCACGGUUGGAUCCAUUCGCCUCGCACUCACCCCGAAGGCGGAGAAUGGAGCGGGGGGGAAUGUAGAGGGAGGAGCAGCAGCAGAGGCGUCAGACAGCAAAUAUCUUUUGUGGGCGAGAUGUGUGCCGGCGGUUACUCUUGGUGACAAAGUGUUUUGCGACCACCCACCGUACGUGGUGGCAUCCUUCACAGUGGGGCCUGACGGCGUCGCAACGGCGCCACCUCUCAGGUGGGAAAUCGGCGAGAAGGCCGUCGUUUCCAUGUGGCUUGCAAGACUCACUGAAACACCGGAUGCGUUUGCAGAGCUGAAUGCACACCCACCCUUACACACUGCGAAUGUUAACGGUGACGUCGUCCCUGAGGCCGAGACAAGGGCUGCACCGCAGCUUGCAUUGGACUCUAUCUACAAUGUCACCAUCACACUCGUCGGGGUAAAGCAGGAGCAUGAAUUUCAACAGUCGACAUGGCGGCCGUUGCUUUGCUUUCGUUGGUUUGAGCUGCAGGGGCACAUUCGCGAGGCCACUGUGCCCCCUAUAACCCUCGAAAGGCAAGCCAGGAAGCGGCAUCGUGCGGAGGUACAAAAGAGGCGGAUGAUCACUGGGGAUGUCCGGGAGGCUUCUGCCGUCUCCUCGUGUGGAAAUUAUGUCCUGUGGCAAGACGGGACCUUGGGGCUGCGGCGCGAAUUACUCACAUAUCAUAGGAUUUACACCCCAGCGAAUGAAAAUAAGCACGUUCGAGUUCGCAGGUUCCCGCAUCGUUUUGCAGACAUUGUGGGCGAGGUCCCAUUUGGGAGCCUUGUUGAAGCCAUUGGUCGUCAGCUGGAUGAAUACACGAAGGAGCAGUACGCCUUGUUGGUUCUUUCGGGAACACCUGAGGCGGCCACUACGGCAGAGACGUAUCAGUUACAGUGCAUCGAACCUCACAAGUGGAUAUGGGGUUGGUCAAAGAUUGCCUCCAGCACCGGUCUCGUUCUGCUGGCGGAUGUGAUGGACACAGCAAGGUCAUUGUUGCCAGAUCAGGGUUGUGUGGAGCGGCUGACGAACCCAACGUACUACACUUCCGUUCGCGAGGAGCGCAGUGUGCGCAUCCGCAGUGGUCCCUCACUGAGUGCUAACGUUGUGGGGCACCUUGAGCCAAACGAGGUGAAGGUUGCGGUCGCCAUACAUCAGUGUCCUCCUUCCCACGGUGGCAGCUCCGUGCCGUUGCGGCAACACUUCGUGGAGUGGGAGGAGGGCGGCUUCUCACUGCUCCGCAACGGCGAUCGGGUGUAUUUGGUACCCGUGCACCUUCAGGCACAACCACGCCGCUUCCCUCUUUGCCCCCGCCCGGCACCAAGUUCACCUGAGAUAAUUGCACUGCAGCGAAGGCGCCGCCGCACCAAGUCCGCCGGUAAUACGCCAACUACACCAGCUAAGGCGACCACACCGUCGCCGGAGCUCUUGAGUCCUGCGGAUAUUCCACAGGCGGUUGCUGCUGGCCUAAAGGCGGGCACCGUUCGCCUAGAGGAGUUGUCGAAAAUUAGCCUCAAUGGAACCCCCACACAUUCAUCUGCUUCCUCGGAGCUUAGCUGCUAG